GGACGGGGUGGAGGACCGAGCAUGGGAGGUGGGGGGCACGAUUCCUGACUGGGACGCUCUAAACUCGCGCGGCCUCUGUGCGGUUAAUGCUGUUCUCAAAAGAUACGCCUUUUUUUUUCAUUCCCCGAAUCUCGGCAAAUAACGGACUCCUCUCUCCCGCUGAGGCACUGAACAGCGCCUGGGAAUCGGAUAGGAGCACAAAACAAGGAGCGUGGACUGAGCGCCAAAGGAAAAAAAAAACGACAGGAAUAGAAAAAGAAACAGAGAGAGAGAGAGAGGGGGAAAGAAAAAGAGAGCGAUCGGAACAAGAACAAGAGAGAGAGAGCAAGGCAUGGAUGACCUCGAUGCUUUGCUUGCUGACCUGGAGACCACGACCUCCCAUAUUGCAAAGAGGCCAGUACUUCUUUCUGACCCCCUGCUUGGACCGCAGGCUGUUUCUAGCGACACGGGACUGGGUCAGGUUUACUCAAACGGGACGGAAAAUGAUGUCAGGCCACUGCCACCUGCAUAUACCCCUCAACAGACCGUUUCCACUGCUAUGAAGUCUGGACCCCUUCCUCAAGUCAAGGAUGCCGAACGACUGUACAGCACCGUGUGCAAACCAAAGUCUCCUAAAACCAAAGAACAGAUGGGUUUAAGUUCUUCCUCUGUCUUGGGAGGAGGACUCAGCGAGCUGGACCACCUGCUGCAAGAGCUCAAUGCCACCCAGUUCAACAUCACAGAUGAGAUCCUGGCCCAGUUCCCCAGCAGUAAGACAGACGAAGCAGAGAAGCUGAAGCAGUUCCAGGCAUCUGUCAUCAACAGCCCUAGAAGCAAAGAUGAAACAGCUGCGGCCUCCUCGGGCUCCGGCUCUGGACAGUCCCUGAAGCCUUCGGCCACUGCAGCCACCCUGGAACUGGACAAGCUGAUGGCCUCCCUGUCUGACUUUAAGGUCCAGACGAAUCCCCCAGAUCCAGCGCUUCAGCCGACCUCCACAGCGAUCUACCUGCACCCACUGAACUCCGGCGUACCGACGGACCUCCAGGAUUCGCCUCCUCCUAGCAGCUCCGCCCCUGCGAUGACUCAGCCUCGGCCGACAGCCCCUCCUCCUCCUCAGAGCAGCGGCUCAUUGGACAGUAUGCUGGGCCUCCUCCAAUCAGACCUGACUAGGCAAGGCAUUCCAACCACCGCCAAGGGAACCUGCGCCGCGUGCCAAAAGCCCAUAGUCAGCCAGGUGGUCACCGCACUCGGGCAGACUUGGCACCCUGAGCAUUUUGUCUGCACACACUGCCAGAAAGAGAUUGGCGCGAGCAACUUCUUUGAGAAAGACGGACUCCCAUAUUGUGAGGAAGACUACUUCAUGCUCUUCUCGCCCCGCUGUGGCCUGUGCAACCAGCCCAUCCUAGACAAAAUGGUGACGGCGCUAGACAAGAACUGGCACCCAGAGCACUUCUGCUGUGUCAAGUGUGGACGGCCCUUUGGUGAGGAAGGUUUUCAUGAGCGGGAUGGCAAGCAGUACUGUCAGAAGGAUUUCUUUGCCAUGUUUGCCACCCGCUGCCAGGGCUGCAGCCAACCCAUCCUUGAGAACUACAUCUCUGCACUGAACGUGCUCUGGCACCCGGAGUGCUUUGUGUGUCGGGAGUGUUACACACCAUUCAUCAAUGGCUCCUUCUUUGAGCAUGAGGGACAACCGCUAUGUGAGACCCACUACCAUCGCAGCCGGGGCUCGCUGUGCUCAGCGUGUGAGAAGCCGAUCACGGGACGCUGCAUCACUGCAAUGGGAGCCAAGUUUCACCCAGAACACUUUGUCUGUGCCUUCUGUCUAAAGCAGCUCAAUAAAGGGACCUUCAAGGAGCAGGGUGACAAGCCCUACUGCCACCCCUGCUUUUUUAAGCUAUUUGGGUGAAAAUGGAGGGGAUGGGCAGAGUGCUGCACACAGCUAGCAAAGCUACAGCUUCAAGUUUUAGGGUAACAACACUGACGUCUUCUGUGCGAGGCUCCUUCAUUCUCUCUCUCUGUAGCAUUGGCCUGCUCACUGCUCAGGUCUGCCAUCUAAUGGCAGUUGUUGAAAUUGCUCACAUACUGUUAAUUUAUAUGAAAGUCAUCUGACAUCCUCAACGUGUACAAAUAGCACUCUGUUUUAAAGUUGACAUAUUUCGUAAAAGAAAUGUUUCUGAAUAGGAAAUGUGGAAAAAAAAUGCAUCAAAGUGAAAUAUUUCCAAUAAAUCUAAAUCAGUACAACGA